ACCGGCUUUUCUACCCAUUGCACACAUUACUGCCCGGGUGUUGCAACCAUCCGGUCUCUCUUUUUUGUAAGUGAGCUCUCCACAUGUCCCUUCUACUGAAAGGUGACGACAAUUCCCCUGGUCUGGGGAAUAGACUGGGAUAGAAUUAGGCCAAAGGUUGGCCUGCCAAGACGUUUCGUAAACUGGCUUGGAAGAAAACAAUGAGGCAGUAAAAACUGACAAGCCUCAUUUCCAAGCAUUCAUUAAUUGAGCUGGUUAAAGGAUAAACUCUUGGAAGGGGGGUGCCAUUUCUGGGGACAUGGUCCAUUCUUGGCCAGGAACCAGGAGCCACGUUUUCAAAGAAUGACGUUACAGGACAAGCCUCUUUUGCCCUGGAUAGUGGGAUGGACCACAACCAAGGAAAAGUAUUUAAGGAAGGAAGAUGCUUCCUGGAAAACCAGAGACCUCACAGAGAUCUUGCAGUAAGCAACACUUUACUACCUGAAAGGACCAGCCAAAUCCUGUCCAAGCUAAAUACAAGAGCCUACUGCAAAAAACUGGCUAUCCUUAUCACGUGGCGCAUAGCCAGGACCUCUUCCUUAUCACCUGCCAAUAAGCAGCAAUGCCUUCCCAGCAGCAGAAACAGAGAAACAUCCCCUCAAAGGUCAUCCAGGGUGACCUGAAGGGUCUGGCGCCAGAUGUAAGAGAUUUCAUUGAAAGCAAUGCCAAGCUGUGCCAACCAGAGGCCAUCCACAUCUGUGAUGGCUCAGAGAAUGAGAACAAGAAGAUCCUGGAGCUGAUGGAAGAACAGGGCAUGAUCGAAAAGCUGGGGAAAUACGAGAACUGCUGGUUGGCUCGCACAGAUCCAAGGGAUGUGGCAAGAAUUGAAAGCAAAACUGUCAUUGUCACCCAGGAGAGGCGAGAUACCAUCCCGGUCCCCAGAAGUGGAGUAAGCCAGCUGGGACGCUGGAUGUCAGAAGAAGACUUUGAGAAAGCCUUUAGUGUCCGAUUCCCUGGCUGCAUGGCAGGGCGCACCAUGUAUGUUAUCCCAUUCAGCAUGGGACCCAUUGGUUCUCCUUUGUCCAAGUUUGGGAUCGAAUUGACAGAUUCUCCAUAUGUGGUAGCCAGCAUGAGAAUUAUGACACGGAUGGGAACGUCAGUCCUAGAAGCUCUUGGCAACGGGGAAUUUGUGAAAUGCCUCCAUUCAGUCGGGUGCCCUUUGCCUUUAAAAAGGGCUCUGGUAUGCAACUGGCCAUGUAACCCAGAUUUGACUCUGAUUGCUCACAUCCCGGAUCACAGAGAGAUCAUUUCUUUUGGAAGCGGUUACGGAGGAAAUUCCCUGCUGGGCAAGAAGUGCUUUGCUCUCAGGAUUGCCAGUCGGAUUGCCAAGGAAGAGGGCUGGCUUGCUGAGCACAUGCUGAUCUUAGGGAUCACAAACCCAGAAGGCCAAAAGAAAUACUUUGCCGCAGCCUUCCCCAGUGCAUGCGGAAAGACCAACUUGGCCAUGAUGAAACCAACUCUGCCAGGAUGGAAAAUUGAGUGCAUUGGAGACGAUAUUGCUUGGAUGAAAUUUGAUGACCAAGGUAAUUUAAGAGCAAUCAAUCCGGAGAAUGGCUUUUUUGGAGUUGCUCCUGGAACAUCAGUGAAAACCAACCCCAAUGCUAUAAAGACCAUUCAGAAGAACACCAUCUUCACCAAUGUGGGGCUAACCAGUGAUGGAGAUGUCUAUUGGGAAGGCAUUGAUAAGGAACUUGCCCCAGGAGUGACAAUCACAUCAUGGAAAAACAAAGAAUGGACAGCCAAGAAUGAGGAACCCUGUGCGCACCCCAAUUCCCGGUUCUGCACUCCGGCCAGCCAGUGUCCCAUUAUUGACCCUGCCUGGGAGGCUCCGGAAGGAGUGCCAAUUGAGGGGAUCAUAUUUGGAGGACGGAGACCUGAAGGCGUGCCUCUGGUCUAUGAGGCUUUCAACUGGCAGCAUGGAGUAUUCAUAGGUGCAACAAUGAGAUCGGAAGCAACAGCAGCUGCGGAGCAUAAAUGCAAGACCAUCAUGCACGAUCCUUUUGCUAUGCGACCCUUCUUUGGUUACAACUUUGGCCAGUACCUCUCCCACUGGCUCAGCAUGGCUCAUCGGCCUGGUGCAAAACUGCCAAAGAUCUUCCAUGUCAAUUGGUUCCGAAAGGAUAAGCAAGGGAGAUUCCUCUGGCCAGGGUAUGGCGAGAAUUGCCGUGUGCUGGAAUGGAUGUUCAACCGAAUCCAAGGAGAGGAUUGUGCAAGGCGCACAGCCAUUGGCUACGUCCCCAGUGACACAGGUGUGAACUUGAAGGGCCUGGAAGGUGUUGACAUGCAAGAACUGUGUGAUGUUUCCAAGGAUUUCUGGGAAAAGGAGGUGGAAGAAAUCAAGAAAUACUUUGAAGAGCAAGUGAAUGCCGACCUCCCCUAUGAGAUGGAAAGAGAGCUCCUUGCACUGGAGCAGAAAAUAAAGCAGUUAUAAAAAAGCAGCCAGAGCAGAUUAUUUAGAUGAUUCUGUACCUGGAAGUGGGAAGGGGUAAAUAGAUAAAUGUCUUUUCCAAGCUUCAUCUCUGGACUGAAAGCACAAAAGUGCUAAAGUUGGCAGAAAGACUUGGUCAGGACUGUCAUAUCUAAGGCUAAUUGCAUACCCUUCAGCAUUUCACAGAUGAUAACUGGGAUACAUGUGGCCAGUUAUUGGUAAACUGGUAAACUGGUAAAAGUUAUGAUGAGGAAAAAGACUCAAGUUAGGAAAAGUAGCAGCAGCAACGUGCUUUUGCAUGAGCUUACUGGGAAGGGAAAAAUUUUGCUCUUCCUCUCCACUCCAUCUUGCUAUGUAACUCAGAGCAAAGUACUUUGAUACUUUGAACCUCUUUUGCAAUAAUUGAAGUUAGUUAAGGAUAAAUGCCCCGGAGUGUGGUGGAGGCUCCUUCUUUGGAAGCUUUUAAACAGGGGCUGGAUGGCCAUCUGUCAGGGGUGAUUUGAAUGCAAUAUUCCUGCUUCUUGGCAGGGGGUUGGACUGGAUGGCCCAUGAGGUCUCUUCCAACUCUUUGAUUCUAUGAAAUGGAGAGCAUGGGAAGGGCAAAGAGAAACAGACAUUUUUAAAGCAGGCAAAAAUAGUGGGCCAGCAGAAGACAAAUCAGGGGCAUCCCUGUGAGUUCAGGACAAUUGGAGGGCGUAUGAUUAUAGUCCCGUUUUUCAGAUAUCACCUAUCAAGGUGAAGCAGUUGUCAUCAAAUAUUCUUGUUUGAUAAGCUUUCUUCCACAAAUUAAACACUGCACACAUUUAGAAGAAAGGUUUCUCAUAAUAGCCGAAGUUCUGUAGUAUAAAGUUAGAUCCCUGUAACCUCAGAACUCACAUAUGGGGCUUCAUUUACACAUGCCCAGGGAAAAGGGUCUUACCAGAAAUUUGCCAAGUUCUCUAAGGCUGUGUCUACAUUGCUCUAUGUCCCAGGAUCUGAUCCCAGAUGAUCUGCUUAUCCCAGAUUAUCUGGCAAUGUAGACUCAGGGCCCUUCCACACAGCCAUAUAACCCAGAAUAUCAUGCAGAUAAUCCCACCAUAUCUGCUUUGAAUUAGUUUAUCUGAGUCCACAUUGCCAUACAUUCCAGUUCAAAGCAGAACAUGUGGGAUUUUCAUACAGCUGUGUGGAAAGGGC